GAAUAAUUCAAAGAUGGCUAUCAUUCAUCAAGUACAAUUUGAAUGAGCUGAUCCAUUGAAAAGAUCUCAGCAACUCUGAAUUGUGAUUCACAUAGGACGAAAGUAGUGAAAAGUGUUUUGAACAUAGUGCUAUUGUAAAUAACAUUGAAGUUUGUCAUAAAUAUUAGUGAUUUGAAUAGAAUUUUAUUAAAAUUGAAAUGCAAUGUCAGUGCCAAACGCUACGUCGUUCAAUUUUUACUGCUAAAAUGGCGUCAGUAUGAUUGUUCAGUAUGAACGAAGAAAAUUUUAUGAAAAUUUCGUUUUAUGCCAAUAUGUGAUUAAUUACUACGAAAAUUCGAUCGGCAUUGCAUUUCCACAAUUAUUGGACAUAUAGAAACGCUACGUUUGAUGAAUUCCAUCCAUUCAUCAAUUAGAUAAUCAAUUUAUUGGGCUGUUUAAAAAAUGGAUCAGGAGGACAAAACUGAUUCAGAUAACGAUUCUAGCAGUGAUAGCAAAAGUGGCUCCUCUUCUGGCUCUGACAGCGAUUCUGGAUCAGCAUCAUCCAGUUCAAGUGGUGCUAGUCACAACUCAUCAAGGUCGAAACGAUCAAAUGACAGCAGUAAGUCCCAUUUAAGUGAAAACGAGAGCACGUCAGUUCCAAAUACAGUCAACAAUGUCAGUCAAAAUCAAUCGAAAAGCACGAAUUCAAAUUCAUCGGACGAUGAUGAUGACGAUGAGGAGGAAGAAGAAAACGAUUCAAAUGCUGAAGAUGAAAAUAAUGAUAAAUCGUCGGAGGAGGAUGUGCAACAGGAUUGUGUGACGUCAACGAAAAGUAGCUUUGAUGAGGAAGAUGAAGAAUACACCGUACGGAAAAGUGUACGAACGAAAAAGGCACCACCGAAGAAGGCUGCACCGGCAAAGCGCAAGAAAACCACUUGGACGUCGGCCACAUCAGAGAGUGAGAAUAGCAUUAGCGACAGUGAAGAGGAAACUCGAAGGCCACCACCGAAGCGUAAACAGCCUGUCAAAAGGAAGAACCAAAAGUCACAAUAUUCAUCCGAAAGUGAUUCCGAUGAUGAGAACAAACGAGCGGCCACACGCAGGGCAGCGGCUGCAGUCAGUUACAAAGAAGCGAGUGAAGAUGAAAAAACCGACUCGGAAGAUCUUAUCGACGUGGACUACGAUGAAGCGGCAGCAGCUGCAGCGGCUGAGGCCGAAACAGAAAAGUGCGAAACAAUCGAACGCAUUGUCGGUCGCCGUGUUGGUAAGAAAGGAUGUACUGGCAAUCAGACCACCAUUUAUGCGGUGGAAGAGAAUGGCGACCAGAACGAAAUGGCCGAUGAUAAUGACGAAAAAGAGGAACAGUAUCUGAUCAAAUGGAAAGGCUGGUCGUACAUCCACAACACCUGGGAAUCGGAUUCGUCGUUGAAAGAGCAAAAGGUCAAAGGCUUAAAGAAAUUAGAAAAUUAUGUGAAGCGAGAGAAGGACAUCGAAUAUUGGAAAACGUACGCAACCCCCGAAGACAUCGACUACUUUGAGUGUCAGUUCGAACUGCAACAGGAUCUGCUGAAAAGUUACAACAACAUCGACCGAAUUAUUGCACAAAUGAACAAACAGGAUGGUAGCGUGGACUACCUAUGCAAAUGGGAAUGUCUGCCCUAUUCCGACGCAACGUGGGAGGACAUUAGUUUAGUUCAACGGAAGUGGAACGAUAAAAUCGUCGAAUUUGAUAGCAGAGAGGGUUCGAAAAAAACUCCGUCCAGGCAUUGCAAAGUGUUACGAAGUCGGCCAAGGUUUCACCAUUUAAAGGAACAGCCGGAAUAUAUGGGCGUUGAUCGAGGGCUGCUGUUACGAGAUUAUCAAAUGGAUGGUUUGAAUUGGUUGAUUCUGACGUGGUGCAAAGAUAACUCCGUCAUUUUGGCGGACGAAAUGGGUCUCGGGAAGACAAUUCAAACGAUUUGCUUUUUGAAUUAUCUGUUCAAAGCUCAGUCGUUGCACGGACCGUUUCUUUGUGUGGUUCCAUUGAGCACAAUGACGGCGUGGCAGAGAGAAUUCGCAAUAUGGGCGCCAGACAUGAACAUUGUUACAUAUCUGGGCGACGUGCAAUCGAGAGAGAUUAUUCGUCAGUACGAAUGGAGUUUCGACGGUUCGCAGUCACUAAAAUUCAACGCCAUACUCACCACUUACGAAAUUUUACUCAAAGACAAAGCAUUCCUAGGAAGCAUCAGUUGGGCAGCUCUACUAGUCGACGAGGCUCAUCGGCUGAAAAACGAUGACUCUCUGCUCUACAAAGCUCUGUACGACUUUGAAACCAAUCAUCGACUACUCAUCACCGGCACGCCGCUACAGAAUUCGCUCAAAGAACUGUGGGCCCUGCUGCACUUUAUCAUGCCGUCGAAGUUUGAGACGUGGGAGGAUUUCGAAAAGGAACACGGCAAUGCUGAAGAAAAGGGCUACGGUAAAUUGCACAAGCAACUCGAACCGUACAUCCUGCGCCGAGUGAAGAAGGAUGUGGAAAAGAGUCUGCCAGCCAAAGUCGAACAAAUUUUGCGCGUCGAAAUGACAUCCGUACAGAAGCAAUAUUACAAAUGGAUUCUAACGAAAAACUUUAACGCUUUGCGCAAAGGAGUGAAGGGAUCCACGAGCACGUUCCUGAACAUUGUGAUCGAAUUGAAGAAAUGUUGCAAUCAUGCGAUGCUCAUACGACCGCUGGAAUAUGAAGCGGCCAUGAAUCAAAAUGAUGCCAUUCAAAUGCUGCUGAAAGGAUCGGGCAAACUAGUAUUGUUAGACAAAUUGUUGUGUCGCUUAAGGCAAACGGGUCAUCGGGUGUUGAUAUUUUCGCAAAUGGUUCGUAUGCUCGACAUAAUUGCCGAGUACUUACAAAAGAGACAUUUUCCGUUUCAACGGCUGGACGGUAGUAUUAAGGGUGAAAUUCGUAAGCAAGCACUCGAUCACUUCAAUGCCGAAGGCAGUCCCGAUUUUUGCUUCUUAUUGUCGACGAGAGCCGGAGGUUUAGGAAUUAAUUUAGCCACUGCUGACACUGUGAUAAUUUUCGAUUCCGAUUGGAAUCCACAAAAUGAUCUUCAAGCACAAGCGCGAGCCCAUCGUAUCGGUCAGAAGAAUCAAGUGAACAUUUACCGGCUGGUAACAGCCCGUUCGGUCGAAGAAGAAAUUGUUGAAAGGGCCAAACAGAAAAUGGUACUCGACCAUCUGGUCAUACAACGGAUGGACACGACUGGAAGAACGGUUCUGGAUAGGAAUGGAUCAACGAAUACGACACCGUUCAAUAAGGAUGAUCUGUCGGCGAUCCUGAAGUUCGGCGCCGAAGAACUGUUCAAAGACGAGCCCGAAGCCGAUGGUGACGAUUUAGUUUGUGAUAUCGAUGAGAUUCUUCGACGUGCGGAAACGAGAGAUGAAGCACCCGCAAUGAUUGGCGAUGAAUUGUUGUCGGCAUUCAAGGUAGCUAGUUUUGCAGCAUUUGACGAAAAUGAAACGGAUGCCGGUGCUCAGGAGAGUCAAGACGGUGAUACGAAAGACUGGGACGACAUAAUACCCGAAAAGAUACGGAAAGCCGUCGAGGAACAAGAAAAAUCCAAAGAAAUGGAGGACCUGUACUUACCGCCCAGACGGAAAACUUUGCAACAAAUCAACCAACAAAGUGAAGGCGCCGGACGUAGUAAGAAACGUCGAAAGCAAACCGACGACGAAUCGGAUGAAGCCAGUGAGGCCAGUGGUGAUGGAUUACCAAAGAAACGCGGCCGUCCGUCGGUGAGAGAGAAAAUAGCCAACUUCAAUGAUGCAGAGCUGCGUCGAUUUAUCAAAGCGUACAAAAAGUUCCCUGCCCCGUUGAAGCGAUUAGAGGCCAUUGCGUGCGAUGCUGAACUCCAAGAAAAACCCCUAGCCGAUCUCAAAAAGUUAGCCGAACAAUUACAUCAAAGGUGUGUGACAUUCCUGGAAGAGCAUGCGAAAGACGUGCCGAACGUUGAAGAGAAGAAGAAACGAGGCGCCCGAGCCGGUUGCUCAGUGAAAUUUGGCGGAGUUUCGUUCAAUGCAAAGACAUUGAUUGCGUGCGAGGAAGAACUGAAACCGUUAGAUGAAGUGAUGCCAGCCAAUGCAGAAGAGCGACUGAAAUGGACAUUAAGCAUUAAGACACGGCCAGCCGCAUUCGAUGUUGAUUGGACGAAUGACGAUGAUUCCAAGCUACUAGUCGGCAUUUAUCAAUACGGUUUGGGCUCAUGGGAGGCUAUGAAAAUGGAUCCGUCGCUGAACAUUGCGGAGAAGAUCUUGUCGAAUGAAAACAAAAAACCUCAGGCGAAGCAUCUGCAGUCACGGUCAGAGUACUUGCUGAAAUUGAUUCGGAAAAAUGUGGAGCUCAAGAAGGGUGUCGCAAAGAAGAAGAAACCGCGCAAAGCCACCGUCAAAACGAAAGAAAUCGUUGAGAACGAUGCCGUGUCUUCGGACGAGGAAAAGAAGAAAAAGGAAACGGGUAAAGGACCAGACACGGAUGCUAAUCAUGUUGAGGACGUGACAAAUGGACCGAAAGAAAGUGUGAAAAAGACCAAAGCCGCCAAAGCGCACAAGGAACCGAAAAAGAGUAAAAAGAAGGCUGACGGUCCGAUGCAUUUCACUGCGAACAAUGAACCGCGUGCUCUGGACGUCUUAGGCGAUCUUGACCCAACCAUUUUCAACGAAUGCAAAGAGAAAAUGAGGCCGGUGAAAAAGGCACUGAAAGCUUUGGACAAUCCGGAUCAAAGUUUAAGCAAUCAAGAACAAGUCAAUCACACACGGGCCUGCCUACUCAGUAUUGGUAAACAAAUCGAUGUUUGCUUAGCGGCGUACAAGGAACCGGACAAAAUCAAAGAGUGGCGAAGCAAUUUGUGGUAUUUCGUAUCCAAAUUCACCGAAUUCGAUGCCAAAAAGUUGUUUAAGUUGUACAAACACGCGCUGAAACAAACGGAGGAGGCAAGUUCGACCAGUGCCGCUGCUUCACCGACCAAGGAGGCUAAAGAAACUAAGAAAAAAGAUCUGAAAACCGAUGAAGUGGACGGUAACGAUGGUGAACGGUCUAAGGAGAAAAAGGAGCGCAAAGAGAAGAAGAAGCACAAGGACAAAGACAAAACUAAAAUCAGCAAAAAGGAUCGAGAUGCAGAUGCAAAAUCGGCUAACAACUUGACGGCAAACCGUUUGGACAAUGGCAAAGAUGAAAGUCUCAAGCGAAAAUUGGAGGAUGGCGAAUGUGAACCAGAUGGAAAGGAGUACAAACGUAAUGCGCACAUAGAUAAUCGCAGUCGUGAACGGGAAAAAGACGAACGCAAAAAAUGGUCACCCAGCUCAUCCGACCGAAUCCGACGCAAUUCUGGAAAUCUUCCAACAAUACCGCCGCCGAGAGGUGCAGCACCGACUACACCGCAACGCUUACCUGUUUAUAUAGACCCACGUAGUGAUCCGCGAGCUCCAUCUGGAACUUAUGGUGAAUCGGAUCGAUGGAAUCAACGAGAUCGAUUUAGCGAACACAAAAGGGAUCGAUUCGACAAUAGUUAUAAUAAUCGAGCGGCACCGCAUGGAUAUCAUAGGGAACGUGAUCAUCGCGACAGGGACAGAGAUAGAGACAGACGAAAUGAUAAGAGAAGAUACCCGCCACAACAAGGCUAUCCGCCUCACUACAUGCCACCAAAUGCAUAUUAUCCGAGCGGUUCAGUCGACAUUCCACCAGCGACAGGUUAUCGUGAAAGUCGAUAUCCUCCUCCGGGCAGCGGCAUGGAAUGGAGCCGUGAACGAGAUUACGGCGAUUAUCGACGUGAAUAUGAUCGACGACCGCCGCCACCAGCAAAUACAUAAUAAUGAAAAAAAAAAACGAUUUCACAUUUUAUACAUAUGGAAAAGGGAGAUGAACGACCAACAACAAAAUAUUGUUUCUCAAGCUGUGAAUUUGAAAAGUAAUUAGAGUUUUUGCGCUAAGUUUAAAAAUCUUCGUUUUUCUUCGAUUAUUUUCGUAAUUUUUUUAAAAAUUAAUUUAAAAUUUCAACUGUGUGCGGUUGGAAUGUGAAUCAAACAAAGUGUUUGGAUAUUCCAAUAAAAUUUGUUCUUUUACAACAACAACAACAAUAAACGAAAUUGAGAGAGAUAGAGAGUCAUCAU